AUGUCAACUCAGUUCUUCGCAAAAACUUCAACGGAAAUCAACCUCUUUCAAGGUUAUCCUUCUUUCGAUCAAUUGACUCGAGACGAGGCAGAAAAAAUCCAGGUGUCAUUGUUGUCGCCAUGUGGAAGGUUCAUGGCCCUGGCUACUGCGGAAACGGUCCACGUUUUCACAGGAGUCGAAUUUACACAGUCGCUAUUGAGGGUAAGUCUCAAAGACGUUUACGACCUGCAUUUCUCCCCGUCUGGUAACUUUCUCAGUACGUGGGAAAGGCCAUCUAUCUCAGAACCAGACCAUAAGAACGUGAAAAUAUGGGAGCUCAACGUAGAAACGCCGUCAGAGACCCCCAGAUAUGCGUACCAAGCUAAAAUGCAGAAUGGCUGGGCUUUGCAAUUCAGCAAGCUCGACAACUUUGCGCUUAAGCAAUUUGACAGAGAAGUGAGAAUCGUGAAAAUAGACUCAGCCGACAAUGCUACUUUCAACUUCAGCAAACCUUACAGUAAGCUGGUGCCCGAACAGCCUAUCAGCAGCUUUCUAAUCUCUCCCUCGGAAUUCCCUACGAUCUGCACAUUUUCACCCGAGAAAUCCGGCAAACCUGCCAUAUUGAGCAUCUAUUCUAUUGCCGAGGGCGUCACAGAAAAGAAGAUCGCAACGAAGACUUUUUUCAAGGCCGACUCAUGCCAGUUGAAAUGGAAUCUACAGGGUAACGCUGUUCUAUGCAUGGCGAUCACAGAUUUUGAUUCUUCUAACAAGUCUUACUACGGUGAAAAUACCUUGUACUUGCUAUCCUUCCAGGGUGCCAACGGGACACUAGGAGGUAAAUCGGUUCGCGUACCGCUUUCCAAGGAGGGACCCAUUCACGAUUUCACCUGGUCUCCAACCUCAAGACAAUUUGGUGUCAUUUAUGGGUAUAUGCCUGCCACGAUCACAUUCUUUGAUCUCAAAGGAAACGUGGUGCAUUCGCUACCAGAACAGCCGAAGAAUACUAUGUUGUUUUCGCCAACUGGUAGAUACAUUCUUAUCGCUGGUUUUGGUAACUUGCAAGGCUCUGUCGAGAUCUUGGACCGUCACGACAAAUUCAGAUGCAUAACCAAAUUCGAUGCUGCAAACACAUCUGUGUGUAAAUGGUCUCCAGGCGGUGAGUUCAUUCUCACGGCCACGACGUCACCCAGACUAAGAGUUGACAAUGGACUAAAAAUAUGGCACGUCACAGGUACGUUGUGUUUCGUUAAGGAAUAUAAAGAACUGCUAAAAGUGGACUGGAGACACCAAAUAUCUUCGAAGUUGAACAAGAGUCAUGUUAUCAAAUUCCAAGAGACGAGUACGGAGGAUUCUUUCUCCGAUCCUAAACUCGGAAAAAUCGAAGUCGAAGUUCAUGACUCCGCCACCGAAUACCUCUCGAAACGCCAGAAGAAGAAUGGAGCCUCUUCCGGAGCGAGCAGCAAGCCCGCUGGGGCUUAUAGACCACCCCACGCUAGACGUGCCGGUGGCGCUCCUUCUGUUCCGGGGGCCGCUAUCAGAAACGCAAAAGUCGUGCCAGGCACUGUUGGUGUCGUUCCAGGUGUAUCUGGAAAAGAUAGCAAGGCUGCUGCAAAAAACAGGAAAAAGAGGGAGAACAACAAAAAUGAGCCUUCACCUGGAGCCGAAGCUUUGACGGUAGAUGAGACUGCUCAGCCAAAGGUUAACAAAGAGGCCUCACCAGAGGAGAAAAAGAUUCGCUCUCUUUUGAAAAAGCUCAGAGCGAUCGAAGCUCUCAAGCUCAAACAGGCUUCGGGGGAAACUUUGGAAGAUACUCAAAUUCUCAAGAUUCAGUCGGAGGACAAGGUUGCCAAGGAGUUGGACUUUCUCGGUUGGAAAAGUGACGGCGCUCAAUAG